AUGCCCGUUGUCAAAGGAGGCGUCUGGACGAACAUCGAGGAUGAAGUUCUACGUGCAGCGGUCUCAAAGUACGGUCUAAACCAAUGGGCGCGAGUCUCGUCCCUUCUAGCUCGAAAGACACCGAAACAAUGCAAAGCGCGAUGGAUUGAAUGGUUAGACCCCGGUAUCCGCAAGGUUGAGUGGUCGAGAGAGGAGGAUGAGAAGCUAUUGCACCUGGCGAAAUUGAUGCCGACACAAUGGCGCACGAUUGCACCGAUCGUUGGACGUACAGCGACACAAUGCUUGGAACGGUAUCAGAAGUUGUUAGAUGAAGCUGAGGCUCGUGAAAACGAUGAGCUGGGUCUUGGUGGCCCAUCUGGCGCAGAAGCGGCUGCACCGAGCGCGGACGACGUUAGGCGGUUGAGACCCGGUGAACUCGACCCUGACCCCGAGUCGAAGCCCGCUCGUCCCGAUACGAUUGACCUCGACGAAGAUGAGAAGGAAAUGCUGAGUGAGGCACGUGCCCGUCUGGCCAACACACAGGGAAAGAAGGCGAAGCGUAAGGCCAGAGAAAGACAACUCGAGGAAUCCCGCAGACUUGCAGUGCUUCAGAAACGUCGCGAACUCAAGAAUGCCGGGAUCAAUAUCAAGGUUGUCACACGCAAGAAGGGUGAAAUGGAUUAUAACGCCGAUAUUCCGUUCGAAAAGCCUGCGGCACCUGGAUUUUACGAUACCAUGGAGGAAGAGGCCAAGAAUGAACGGCAACGAGAGAUGUUUGACCCUCGCAAGCAGCAGCUCGCGAAUAAGCGGAAAGGAGACCAGGACGAAGAUGCGGAGCGAAAGAAGAGGAAAGGCGACAAGAACAGCAAUUCUAGCGCUUUUGCCGCCGCAGCUCGAGCCGGUCAGAUGCAGAAAAUCCGUGAGGCGGAGCAGAGCAGUAAGAGACGGGCUCUCAACCUGCCAGCGCCCCAGGUCAGCGAAGGGGAGAUGGAAGAUAUCAUUAAGAUGGGAAUGGCUGGAGAUAAAGCUACUAAAAUGUCGGGAGACGAAGAGACUACCAAAGGCCUGAUCGGGAACUAUACCAGCAUCGUCGGCCAGACACCGAUCAGGACACCAAGAGCCCCGCCAGAGGAAGACCAUAUUGCAAACGAGAUUCGGAAUAUCAGAGCGUUGACCGAAACACAAUCAUCAUUACUGGGUGGAGAGAAUACCCCUCUCCAUGAGGGAGGAUCUUCUACUGGGUUUGAUGGCAUCGCCCCUCGAAAGCAGCAAAUCUUCACGCCUAAUCCCAUGGCAACUCCCUUCCGGCAGGCGAACGCCGUCGGUGCCACGCCAAUUGGAGGUGGAGCUGGUCCCGGGGCGACACCUUUGCGCACUCCUAGGGAUCAAUUCGCCCUGAACCAAGAUGGCGGUGGGCAGCUCAUCGGCGCCACACCGAGAGACAUUAAAAUGCACGAUAGAUCUGUGCGUACUGAUAUUCGCAGCAAACUGGCUUCUCUGCCCAAGCCGAAGGAGACUGAGUGGGAGCUGGAAGAGCUUCCCUCCGAGCAGGCAGAACCAACUGGUGCGGCAGAGUUUGUGUCAGAAGAAGAUGCAGCAGAGCGUGACAGAAGAGAAAAUGAGGCACGUGAGAAGGCCGCUCAAGCUGAGUUGAAACGCCAAUCCCAGGUCUAUCAGCGGGCUCUGCCACGACCAAGUGUUCUCGACAUCGAUGCGCUGAUGGAGCGGGCCUCGCACGUCACUGAUCCCAUCAACGGUCUUAUUAUUAGAGAAGCCGCGCUUCUUAUUGCACAUGAUGCGCGCAAAUUCCCUGUUCCCGGUGCUAAGGUCGAAGGAAAGGCAAAGAAGUUGCAGCGUCUUGACGACCAGUUACUUGAGUCCGCUCGCGCGACUGUUGCAGCAGAAGUGGCUUCAUCUGAGUCACAGAAACAGCAGGAAUGGCAAGACAACUUCGAAACGUCUUGGUCGUCGUCACACUCCAGCGCCCUCCCAGGCCUUUCCAACUACGCGGAUGACGAGGAAGAAGAUGCGUUCCAGCAAGAGCAGCGCAUGAUCGGCGCGUUCGAUAAUGUACAGGCAUCUCUCCUGGAUACCGCAAAACAAGGCAACAGACUGGAAAAGAAGCUUGCCCUUCACUAUGGUGGAUAUCAGAACCGCGCGAAGAUGCUUCGAACCAAGAUAAUCGAAGCCAGCGCAGCUUUGGAGAAGUCCAAGGAUGAUCUAGAUUCGUUCAAUACUCUUCAGGUAUCGGAAGAGGCAGCGCUUUCUAGGCGACUUGAAAAGCUUCGGGACGAUGUCGCAUUCGUCCUGAGAAGGGAGCGUGAAGCUCAGGAAGUGUACAGAGGCCGGAAAGACGAGCUCGACGAGCUUGUUGCAGGAAUGGGGACAAUGGCUAAUGGAUGGUAUUAA